AUGCUGGCUGGUGCUGCUUCUGCCGCAGCUAAUCGAGCAGUGGCGGCUGAAAUCGGCAGAAGGCAUAAGCCCCCUGUUCCUUCUGUUCUGGACGCUCGGAGACAUCCUGAACCUCGCAGGCGCGCUGUGGGCGGGCCUGCUACCCCAGGUGAUUUUGCUGGCCGCGUGGUUCACCGUCGCAGACGCCUUUACGCUGGCGUUCUACUACUACUACACAUACGUGUAUCCGAAGAAGAAACAGCCGGAAAGCACGCCGCUGCUGACAGACACGCCGCGUCGCAAGUCGUCCACCAUCGAGGACAUCGUGCUCCAGCCGCAGAACCACUCCGUGCUGGUCAGGUACGUGCUGCCGCUGCUCGCCGUGUUUGUGGCCGGCGUCAUUGGCUAUCUGUGCUCGUCGCCAGCCAAGGCGCAGCCAGACAUCGAGCUGGCCAUUGGCCCGCAGAUCUGCGGGUACUUGAGCGCAGCGCUGUAUCUGAGCGCCCGGCUGCCGCAGAUCUACCAGAACUACACCAAGAAAUCGUGUCGCGGGCUGAGUCUGCUCUUCUUCAUGUUCUCGACCUUGGGCAACGUCACGUACGGCCUGCAGAUCCUCUUGUACCGCUCGGAUUGGGACUACGUUGUGCUCAACAGCAGCUGGCUGUUGGGCUCGCUGGGCACCAUUGCGGAGGACCUUCGCAGACACCGGUUCCUAAGGCAGAUCCUCAACGACGAGGCCAAGCGCAUCCAGCUCAAGCAGCAGCACGCCCACGACCCGAACCUCAUCACAUACCAGUCGCUGUCUGCGCCACCCUCGCUCAGACCCACCAAGACCUACUGCGACAUCACGGGGCUGCCCACGCACUACAAGUCCCCGCACAACCAGCUCAGAUACUACGACAAAGAGUGCUACGACAUCGUCAAACACAUGGCCCCCGGCGUUGA